AUUAUUAUGACCCAAUUAAUUGUCGGUGAAAGAGAAAUUAUAAAAUGCGUGACUAUAUUACAUCAUAGUUCAUUUACUUCCUCCUCUGUCCACAUUCACACCUUCAUUCAUCAUUAAUCAAUACGAGGAAAAAAAAAGGAAAGAAGCAAAGAUAUGGGUCGUGGAGUUAGUAGUGGAGGAGGACAGAGUUCAUUAGGAUACUUGUUUGGGGAUGGUGAGGCUCCAAAAUCAACCAAAACAAAUCCCCAGGCUGUUCAAAGUGAAGCUCAACCAAUAGAUAAAGAGCCAUCUUCAAAGCCUGUUGCUGCUGCUCCUGCUCCUGCUGAUGCUACUAAGCAGAUUCCAGCAGGUAUUCAGAGUAUCAGGGCAGAUGGUCAAAACACGGGAAACUUUAUCACGGACCGGCCAUCUACCAAAGUUCAUGCAGCUCCUGGUGGUGGAUCUUCUCUGGGGUAUCUCUUUGGUGGUGAAAGCAGCUGAUAAAGAAUUUCCAAUCACCCAUCGUCGUUUUAUUAUUUCUUAUACCUCUUAUUUCAACUAUCUUGUCAAUGUAAUUGUGUGUAUCACAGACCAUUGUGUUGUUUUAUGUGUGCUACCUGGUGCUGGUGGGUGAGGGAUUUUUUUAAGCCAAAGGAUAAGUGGUUCAAUUGCACAUACUUCUGUCCAUAAUCGCAGUUGACAGCCAUGAUAUUCUUCUAAGUUUACUCUCUUUGUUGUUAUAUAUAUGGCUUUUGUUAAUUGACUAUCGGUCGAACAACGUCUUGUUGUCUAAA